AUGCCUAAGCCUGCCCGUCACGAAACCGCUCGCAUCAACCAUGCCGAGGAGAUAAGCCAGGACAGCUUGACAGAGCUCCGUCAAGAAAUCUGCGACAUUCUCGAAGAGAGUUUAACCACCUGCGAAAUCAGCGCUUGGUUUGAUUGGUACGCUCCGUCAUGCAGAGUCAAAUGGGAUGACGACUUCCUAGAACGUGUCGAGCGCAAGAUGAGAGAAACGGGUCGACUAUCCGAUAGUGGCUGGUCCGCUGUUUUAACGGCUACAGAGGACCAUGAAACUGAAGCCAGUAAUACCUUCAAAUACAUGGCUGACAUUGCCGCCGGGGUCGCCGAGGAGGCCAUGGAAAUAAAUAGCGAAGUAGGACCGACAGCCAUCAUCAAGCCCACUCCGGACAACGUUGGAUCCAUAUCUGAAGUCGACGCCUUCAAGUUCAAGCCCGACAUCCGCGCCGUUCUCCCCUUUCCCAACGAACGCCUUGAUCCACGUUUCAUUCGAUGCAGCGGGCGCAUAUGCAAACAGAAAAACACUCCAGAGUACAAAGAAGGUGAGAGGUUGUCUUCGAUAAACACCUCCGACACUGUUGUCGUCGGGGCCGUGAAGAAGGGAGGGGAGGCCGCGGACGUCAGAGAUAAUGAGCUCGAACUCUGCGGCGGGGCGACCGAGCUGCUAUACAACGAUCCUUGUCGUCGGUUCGUUAAUGGCUUCACCAUCGAAGGCUCCUUCAUGCGUGUAUGGCGAUUUGAGCGAAGCCACGCGUGCGUUUCUUCUGAUUUCAAUUUCCAUAAGGAGCCACGUCUUUUCAUCUUAUUUCUCCUUUAUCUCACAUUUUCGCCGCACAUGGAUCUUGGUUUUGACCCUACUGUUGUGCGGUACACUGCACGCGUUCCGAAGGAAGGCAUCCAAAAUGCUGAUCCCAAGAAUCCGAGUCACUAUGAGAUAGUCAUCUCAUAUCGCUAUCAAGUACAGGACAAAUACUACCUGACUAUAGGGCAUCCCAUAUCGGAAUCAUCAGCCUGGAGCAUAGCCUCUCGAUCGACCCGAGUGUGGCUGGUGAGGGAAAUAUUCUUCGGCAAGGAUGGUGAGUUUGAAGAGGGCAAGGAGACUUUCAUUCUUAAAGACGCGUAUCCAUACGACGAUGCGGUGCUCGAGAAGGACAUCAAAGACAAUAUUAUCCAACAACUCUCGAAGCUGGACAAGCAACAAACGCCACCAACGAACUACGCUAAGAAGGCAGAGGCCUACUUCAUGACUUAUGUCUAUGACGAGCUCGUCAAAUUACCCGAUGAAAACGAGAGCAUGUGGUCACUUGAUGAUUUGACGACUUAUACGCCUGUCACAGAGCCGAUCUGUUUUACACCUGUCGAAAAGGUAGAUUCUUUGGCGAGCGUUGAGGACGGUGAUGUCAUUGUCUUCGUCGCCCGCGAAUCACAACGCAGCUCGACUUGCCCAGAGUCCCAGCGCCAAGCGAUUCGGGAUGCGCAAAAGCCAAAUCCCAAGGUGGCGAGACAACAGAAGGAACUGAACUACCACCGGCGGAAACAUGUACGGACUAUCCACAAGGAGGUGUGCCAAAGCAUCUACGAGCUUCCUGAUUGGCAUACCCUGAUUCGCUGUCUGAUCGACAUUAUCGAGGGGUUGAACCUACUUCGCUUGGCUGGCUGGGUUCACCGUGACAUCAGUGGUGGCAAUUGUCUUUGGCAUAUGGAUGGAGAACGAGGCAAGAUCGCCGAUCUGGAAUAUGCCAUGCCCUACGAUCGUUCAGGCGAGCACGUCGAUGAGCUUAUGACGGGAACACCUGAGUUUAUGGCAGCAGAAUACCAAGAUCGCGAAUAUUUCCACAAUGUGGAAGUUGCAGAUCAAUCAGAGCUCGAAGAGGUGCCCUUCACCUUUAACUUCUAUCACGACCUCGAGCCCAUCUUCUGGAUAUAUGCUUGGUCCUUGUUCUACCGCCCUCCCUCACAAUGUUUCGUUGACAUAGGAAUACCCAUGCCAGUGAUCGAGCAACUUAAACGAAGCGCGAAAAAAUGGUUCGACUGUAGUAUUGGAGGCAACAACAGCCGCCUUGUAACUAUCCAGGGUGCCAGGCGCGCUGGCAUGACAUCCUCUCUCCGAGGCGUUUACACUCCUGAGACCAGCUGCUCCGUGCUCCUUGGUGGACUAGAGGUGGUCAAACCAUUAUCGACGGCGUACAGAGAUCUAGAGGGAACUCCGCUCCAACUUAUAACUGACCAACAUACUCGCUGGCGCCCUGCCCAGUUCUCUGAGGUGCCUUAUAGAGAAAUGCAAAACAAGCUUCGUCACGUUCUGGACGCCCUCAAUGACCAUGAACUCGACGUUUACGUGCGCCCUCUUUCUGACAAGAACACUCAUCCUAGAGAUGCAAUAGAUGAUGGUCACAAGGACGAUGAUGGUCCUCUUGCAGAGAAGAGAGCCAAGAUUCAGGUUCACGCUCAGGUUUCGCAAUAACCUGUCUACAUAUUCAAUACCGAUUUUAGUAUAUG